UCUGUGGAUGGGUAUACUGACCCACAUGUCCAGCCUAUCAAGUCAAGUAGCAGACAAAACAUCCCCCGAUGUAGAAACUCCAUUACAUCUACCAAUGAAGAGCAUCCUCACAUUGGAAAUUAUCGCUUACUGAAAACAAUAGGAAAAGGAAAUUUUGCCAAAGUGAAACUGGCAAGGCAUGUUCUUACUGGAAGAGAGGUUGCCGUGAAAAUAAUAGAUAAAACCCAGCUAAAUCCUACUAGUCUGCAAAAGUUGUUUCGAGAAGUACGAAUAAUGAAGAUACUGAAUCAUCCCAAUAUUGUAAAAUUAUUUGAAGUUAUUGAAACUGAAAAGACAUUGUAUUUGGUAAUGGAAUAUGCCAGUGGGGGAGAAGUGUUUGACUACCUAGUUGCACAUGGAAGAAUGAAAGAGAAAGAGGCUCGUGCAAAAUUCAGGCAGAUUGUAUCUGCUGUGCAGUACUGUCAUCAGAAAUGCAUAGUUCAUCGUGAUCUUAAGGCAGAAAACCUUCUACUUGAUGCAGACAUGAACAUUAAAAUUGCAGACUUUGGUUUUAGUAACGAAUUUACAGUCGGUAAUAAACUGGACACGUUUUGUGGAAGCCCGCCUUAUGCUGCUCCUGAACUUUUCCAAGGAAAGAAAUAUGAUGGUCCUGAAGUGGAUGUGUGGAGCCUUGGUGUGAUUUUGUACACACUAGUAAGCGGAUCAUUGCCAUUUGAUGGUCAGAAUCUAAAGGAACUGAGGGAGCGAGUACUGAGGGGGAAGUACCGCAUUCCGUUCUAUAUGUCCACAGACUGUGAAAAUCUACUUAAGAAGCUACUAGUACUGAAUCCGAUAAAACGAGGCAGCUUGGAACAAAUUAUGAAGGAUCGGUGGAUGAAUGUUGGCCAUGAAGAAGAAGAACUAAAGCCAUAUACUGAGCCUGAACCAGAUUUUAAUGACACCAAGAGAAUAGACAUUAUGGUCACAAUGGGAUUUUCAAGAGAAGAAAUCCAUGAAUCUUUAGUAAACCAAAAGUAUGAUGAAGUCAUGGCUACUUACCUGCUUCUAGGUAGAAAACCACCUGAAUUUGAAGGAGGCGAGUCCUUGUCCAGCAGCAACUUGGGUCAAAGGUCUCGUCCUAGCAGCGACCUCAACAACAGUUCUGUGCAGUCUCCCGCUCACCUGAAGGUCCAGCGGAGUAUAUCAACUAAUCAGAAACAACGGCGGUUCAGUGAUCAUGUUGGUCCCUCAAUUCCUCCUGCUGUGUCAUACACAAAAAGGGCUCAGGCAAAUAGUGUGGAAAGUGAACAGAAAGACGACUGGGACAAAGAUGUCUCACGCAAACUUAGCAGCACUACAGUGGGAUCCAAGGGAGAGAUGGCUGCAAGUCCGCUUGUGGGUCCCGAAAGAAAGAAAUCGACUACAGUUCCCAGUAAUAAUGUAUUUUCUGGUAGUGGAAUGACAAGGAGGAACACUUACGUUUGUGAACGUUCUUCAGAUCGCUAUUCUGCAAUACAGAAUGGGAAGGACAACAGCCUAACAGAAAUGUCUGCAAGUAGCACAUCUUCUGCAGGCUCUACAGUAGCUUCUACUGUAUCAACACGGCCUCGACAUCAAAAGUCCAUGUCUGCCUCUGGACAUCCUAUAAAAGUUACACUGCCAACCAUCAAAGAUGGCACUGAAGCUUACCGACCAAGCAGUGCAACUCAAAGAGUGCCUGCUGCUUCCCCGUCUGCUCAUAGUAUUAGCACUACCACUCCAGACCGAACCCGCUUUCCUCGGGGGAGUUCAAGUCGAAGCACUUUCCAUGGUGAGCAGCUAAGGGAGCGGCGUAAUGCCACUUACAAUGGACCGCCCGCCUCACCAUCACAUGAAACCGGUGCUUUUGCACAUGCUAGAAGAGGGACAUCAACUGGUAUAAUAAGCAAGAUAACUUCCAAGUUUGUUCGCAGGGAUCCAAGUGAAGGCGAAGCCAGUGGCAGAACUGACACCUCAAGGAGUGCUUCUGGGGAGCCAAAAGACAGAGAGAAGGAGGAUAGUAAAGAUUCGAAGCCACGCUCCUUGCGGUUCACGUGGAGUAUGAAGACCACCAGUUCUAUGGACCCAAAUGAUAUGAUGAGAGAGAUUCGGAAAGUGUUAGACGCUAAUAACUGUGAUUAUGAACAAAAAGAGAGGUUUUUGCUCUUCUGUGUUCACGGUGACGCACGACAAGAUAGCCUUGUUCAGUGGGAGAUGGAAGUCUGCAAACUGCCGCGAUUGUCGCUCAAUGGAGUUCGUUUCAAGAGAAUAUCUGGGACUUCUAUCGCAUUUAAGAACAUUGCAUCCAAGAUAGCAAACGAGCUUAAGCUGUAAAGAGUACCUAAAUUUUUUGGGAUCAGGGAAGAUUCAUACAUGAUCUACACUUUGAAUGUACUGGUUACGCCUAAUGUGAUUGGCCUGUGAAACUCCCUAUGUAGAAAUUGCCCUUAUUGCAAUAAGGUUAUACAUAGUUAUUCAGAAUUGUAAAGUUAAAUCCAGUAUGACCUAUAUUAAAUAACUGUAGCUAAAGAAGUUAUGUUCACAUGUACAGGUAAGUAUAUAGAGCAUUCUGUUCAUUUUAUGUUCAUAGAGUUGUAUAAUAAAAAGAUGACUGCUUAAAAUCAGAUCUUGUAUUGUAUAGUUGAUUUCUGCACAGAAAUGUAUGUUUGAUGCUUUCA